UCGGCAUCGUUCUCUUUGCCCAUUUCAACCCCUACUUCUGUCAUGUCUCUUGGUGUUUUGCUCGUUUUCGUGUGUAGGAAGAGUCGAGGCGAGCGUGCGUCGGACAAGCGGGCGUCGUGCUCGGAACCUUGCCUUGUAGCAUCACCGGGCUAGCUGACGCCCGGCCCGGCGCUCGGUCGGCGGCUGCUGGCCUUGAUGACGCUUCUCAACAAGCUGGAGGGAGGAUAUAGCUCCGUAAUGCUAACCAGCUGUGCAAUCAACCAAACGUGGGGAUCCAAAUGAGCUGAAAGCAAUCUUCCAGAAGUACGCCAGCGAAGUGGACAAAGAUGGAGAGAGGUUCAUGACGCCAGCAGACUUUGUCCAGAAGUAUCUGGGCCUGCAAACACAGAUCCACCACAACCCCAAAACUGUACAACUUCUGGCUGCCGUGGCUGACACCACCAAAGACGGGCUCAUCUCAUUCCAGGAGUUUCUUGCUUUUGAGUCCGUGUUGUGCGCACCUGACGCUCUCUUCAUAGUUGCCUUCCAGCUGUUCGACAAGACCGGAACUGGAGACAUUUCCUUUGAGAAUGUGCGGGACAUUUUCAGCCAGACGACAGUGCACCACCAUAUUCCCUUUAACUGGGACUGUGAGUUCAUCCAUUUGCACUUUGGGCAGAAUCGGAAAAAACGUCUCAACUACCUCGAGUUCACGCAGUUCCUGCAGGAGCUGCAAUUGGAGCACGCCAGACAGGCCUUCGCCCAAAAGGACAAGGAGAAGAAUGGAGUCAUCUCCGCUUUGGAUUUCAGUGACAUUAUGGCCACCAUCAGACAUCACAUGCUCACACCCUUUGUGGAGGAAAACCUUGUUUCAGCAGCAGGUGGAAGCAUCUCUCACCUGGUCAGCUUCUCUUACUUCAAUGCCUUCAACUCGCUCCUUAACAACAUGGAGCUUAUCCGCAAAAUCUACAGCACACUGGCCGGUUCCUGGAAUGACACACUCGUCACCAAGGAGGAGUUUGUUCAUGCUGCCAACAAGUUUGGUCAAAUCACACCAAUGGAAAUUGACAUCUUGUACCAGUUAUCAGCCCUGCACUCCCCCUCAGGGCGUCUGAAUCUUGCUGACAUUGAGAGAAUAGCUCCGCUAGAAGAAGGAAGUCUUCCAUAUAACCUGGCCGAAACCCAAAAACAGUCUCAGGUUCAAGGGGACAGUUCAAGACCCGUGUGGCUCCAAGUCGCAGAAUCCGCUUACAGGUUCACUUUAGGCUCCAUUGCUGGAGCCACUGGCGCCACGGCGGUCUACCCGAUCGACUUGGUAAAGACCCGAAUGCAGAACCAGAGGUCUACGGGCUCUUUUGUCGGGGAGCUGAUGUACAAAAACAGCUUUGACUGCGCUAAGAAGGUGCUUCGCUAUGAAGGCUUUUUUGGCUUCUACAGAGGUCUGGUCCCUCAACUGAUUGGCGUGGCGCCCGAGAAGGCCAUCAAACUCACUGUGAAUGAUUUUGUACGAGACAAGUUCACCGACAAGGACAACUCCAUUCCUUUGCUGGCAGAGAUCUUGGCCGGUGGCUGCGCCGGAGGCUCCCAGGUGAUCUUCACCAACCCUCUGGAGAUCGUCAAGAUCCGCCUGCAAGUGGCAGGCGAGAUCACCACCGGGCCUCGAGUCAGCGCGCUCAACGUAGUGCGAGACUUAGGCUUCUUUGGGCUCUACAAGGGAGCUAAAGCCUGUUUCUUGAGGGACAUCCCCUUUUCGGCCAUCUAUUUCCCCGCGUACGCUCACCUCAAGUCCACCAUGGCUGACGAACAAGGUCGGCUGGGCCCCUUGCAGCUUCUCACUGCUGGAGCAAUCGCAGGUAUCCCCGCGGCCUCGCUGGUGACGCCGGCCGACGUCAUCAAGACUCGCCUGCAAGUGGCCGCCCGGGCGGGUCAGACCACUUACUCCGGAGUCAUCGACUGUUUCCGGAAGAUCAUGCGGGAGGAAGGCUUUCGAGCUCUCUGGAAGGGAGCAGGAGCUCGAAUGUGCCGGUCAUCCCCCCAGUUUGGUGUGACUUUGGUGACCUAUGAACUCUUACAGAGGUGGUUCUACAUUGACUUUGGGGGACAUCGGCCAUCAGGAUCGGAGCCCACGCCAAAGUCUCGUAUCUCGGAACUCCCUCCCAUCAACGCAGAUCACGUGGGAGGCUACCGUCUGGCCGCCGCCACCUUCGCCGGAGUGGAGAACAAAUUCGGCCUCCACCUGCCCAAAUUCAAGUCUUCGGGCGUGGUGUCCAUUCACCCCCCGGAACCCGCCGCUCCCCCUAAGUCCUCUUAGGAAGGUGCCGAGCGUUCAUAUCACAUCUCCGUCCCCUCCCACCCGUCAUUUUCGGCCUGUUUCAAUGCACUUCCCAAAUCAGCGGGGAGAGUAGGUUCAAGAACAAACGGCAGCUCGCGGGUAAACGUAGCGCAUUGGCAGGGAGUGUCACCGGGGCGGUAUUUUCAGCGGCUGUCCACUCCUGGAAUCUCCAACGGUCACUCCAGAAUUCAUACGAAGCAGCCUUAUGCACUCCUUAUCAAGAGUAGCUAUGAUUUUAUUUUAUUUUUUGUCUGAUACUCUUUGUGAGUAGUACAGAGGGUUGAAAGGCAUAGGAUUGUUAGUGGUUAUGUUGUGAUUUGGGUUUUAAAAAAAAAAAGGAAUUUUAAAAAAACUUUCAUGGGAAUUUAACUGUUAAAACUGGAUUUAAAACAUAUGUCCAAUCUAUUCCAUAAAAUUUCAAAUUAUAGCACAAGGACGAUUGGACGUCUACUCAAACUCAUUUGGGCACUGAAAGAUAUCACGAUUAAUCACAUUUUCCUCAAUUUUUCAUGAGUUAAUAUAGUAGUUAAUAUGGGCUUGACCUGAAACGAUUUUUUUUUUUUUUUUUUUUUUUUUUUGUAGUAGUCAACACGUGAUGAAUCGCAACUUUGUCACAUUUGUUUGUUAACUUGCGAUAAAUCGCUGCCGCCUCUCCGAGGCAAAAUGGAUGGGACAUCUAGCGCUGCCAAUGGAGUUAAAUGACUGCCCUGUAAACGGUUAAGAACCAACAUUCAUGUCUACCUUUAUAUUCCCAUGAAAGGUUUCAAAAUUCCUGGAAAGUUGCAACCCUAAUUUUGAGAAAGAUGAAAAGUGUACAUAUUGUAAAACAAAUAGGAAAACGUUACAAGGCGAUUCAACAUGCAGUAUGCAACGUGUAAUCUGGACAUAUUUGGAGAACUGCAUGGUGUGCUUUUUGUCAUGUUACGGCAAGAAAAGAUAGUUACUGGUGUACAGACCGUUCAACAAAUUAGUUAUUAUUGAAUUGUAUGCUUAUAAAUUCAUUUUAUUGAAAUAAAUCAUCCAUUUGGUUUUAAUUU